AUGGAUGGAGCCACGGCUCUGAGCAAGUGUCUGUUUAGCCAGGAGCUGGAUCCAAACUCUGGCUUGCUUCCUCCUCUGUCCCAGGCUUGCUCCCGCCUGCCAAAGCCCUGUAUGGAAGGUAAGAGAAGCCCAGCCCCCCGAGAGAAGGGCAGAGACUCCCCCUUUGCCUGGAGCCCCGGCCCCAGCUCCAGCUUCGCCGACCCUGACUGGUUUUGGGAUGAGAACAUCCAAGCAAAGAGGGCCAGGGUGGAGACCAUCGUCCAAGGCAUGUGCCUCUCUCCUCACACUCCGGCUCCGGCGCCCGGCAAGGCCCGAGCCAGGGACGGCGCCUGUUGCCCAGGGAAGGCCCGGGAGCGGAAGAGGAAGCAGAGCCUUCCCAUGCAGCAAGGCCCCCUGAAGCCAGGCCCUGCCGGGGAACACGGCAGCCGGAAAGGGGGCCCUCGGGUAAGAGAACAGCUCCAUCAGCUGAAGCAACAGCUAAGACAUUUACAAAAGCACAUCCUGCGGGCUGCUGAGCCCAGGGACACAGCCCAGGACCCAGGGGGCUCCGAGACAGACAAGGGCCCUCUGAGGGCACAGCAGAGGAAUGGUUAUGGACAUAGGCCCCAGGCUCUGGACAGUGACCACUACCAGGGUUCCCGUGGGGACCACCCCAAGGAGAAAAAACACAGAGCCUCUGAGGCGGAACACCAGUCUGAGGAGCCCAGGUUCCUUCCCUGUGGAACACAGGCUUUGCUGGAGAUUCUGAGGAAAGAACUGACCGGGGCAGUGUCCCAAGCUGUGGACUCAGUAUUACAAAAGGUACUGUUGGAUCCACCAGGCCACCUGACUCGGCUGGGCAGAAGCUUCCAGGAGCUUGUGCCAGAGGGGAGAAGUGAGCCCUCACCUCCUGAGAGAGGUGCCUGUAAAGACCUAUUUCCUCUGGCCACUUUGCCCAGGAGGGCCCAGCCACAGACCGGGGUCCUGUUGCAAAACUUCUCACUGGCCAAGUCUCUGGACCCUCCCAGGUACCCUGUCUUUCUGAGGAUGAUCCCCACACCCUAUCAGGGUCCCCCAGCAAACUGUCCUUUGACUGCGCCUUCCCAUAUCCAGGAAAAUCAGACUCUUGGCCAGCUGCUGGGUCACAGACCCAGUGGUCACUGGAGCAGCAGUCUUCCCCACGACUCAACUCCCCAAAGUCAUUGCUCCUCAGAGUCCGGCCUGCGACCGUGGGGAGCGGUCAAACUGCGGCCAUCGGUUCUGAGCCAGCAGCAGUACGCCUUGCCCUUCGCUUCCCCCUGUCUGGAAAGACUGCCCGUUCUUCCCUCGGUGAAGAUGGAACAGGGUGGCCUGCAGGCUGUCCCCGAUGUGCUGCCUUUUCCUUCAGUCCACAUCCAGGAGGGCCUAAAUCCUGGUCACUUGAAGAAGGCCAAACUGAUGUUUUUCUUCACACGCUACCCCAGCUCCAACCUCUUGAAGGCUUACUUCCCUGAUGUCCAGUUCAACCGCUGCAUAACCUCCCAGAUGAUCAAGUGGUUCAGCAACUUUAGGGAGUUUUAUUACAUCCAGAUGGAGAAAUUUGCCCGGCAAGCGACUACAGAUGGUGUCACAAAUCCCAAGAUGCUGGUGGUACUCCGUGACUCAGAGCUUUUUCGAGCUCUCAAUAUGCACUAUAACAAGGGAAACGAUUUUGAGGUCCCAGAUUGCUUCUUGGAAGUUGCCAGCUUGACGUUACAGGAGUUCUUCAGGGCUGUCUCCGCGGGGAAAGACUCAGAUCCUUCCUGGAAGAAACCCAUUUAUAAAAUUAUUUCGAAACUGGACAGUGACAUCCCAGAGAUAUUCAAAUCUUCCAGCUAUCCCCAGGAGCUGUUUCGGAAUUAAGAUCCCACAAAGUGAGGAGCAACUGGCCAAGGUUUCCUAGAUUUGUCUUAAAUGACAGUCAGUAUAGUUGUAGUCAUAGAAAAAAAAGGGGGGGGGAGCAUAAGGAGAACCCCCCACAGGUAACAAUGGCCAUUUCUGAUCUUUAUUUCCUUUUUCAGAAUCCUCAGAGUCUUAAACCUAACCAUAAAAUAUAUCAACCAAACGUAAUGGUGUGCUGGUAGCAUAUUAUAAAAGGGACACAACAGUUUGCAGUUGGAACUGAAAUCUCCACUUCAUUGUUUCCCGGUGUUGGGACCUUGGGACCUUGCAAGCAUUCUGCACCUGCAAAGCCAGGUCGUGAGGACGAAAAGAUAUUCUGACCUCAAGGCCUCUGUGAACUGUUACUCACUACACAGGUGUUAGUUUUCUCCCCCUUGGCUUUCAGAUGAAGUUAUCUCGUGUGUGUGUGUGUGUUUUGUUUUCACACAUUCCCAGUUCUAGUUACCUA